AUGUGUAAUUUUCGUAUUUUACUGAUUGCUGCAAUAGCAUGUGGUGACUUGGCCUGGGCCACGCCCUCUUUGCGUUCCGCCUCCGAGCCAGAAAAGAUCUUGAACCACCUGGCUCAACUAAGGCAGAGUAGCUUUUUGGAUUGGAUACAAUCUAUCCUGGGUCCCGAGGUUCCUGCGGAUUGGAGUUCCCCUGCCAAAAGAGAGUGUGCCGAAUGUACCUGCGGUAAUAUCAAUACCCGUCAUAGGAUUGUUGGAGGUCAGGAGACGGAGGUCCAUGAGUAUCCCUGGAUGAUAAUGCUCAUGUGGUUCGGUAGCUUCUAUUGUGGUGGUUCUCUGGUGAAUGAUCAAUAUGCCCUGACCGCUGCCCAUUGCGUUAAUGGUUUCUAUCAUCGUUUAAUCACGGCUCGUCUGCUGGAGCACAAUCGUCAGGAUAGCCAUGUGAAGAUCGUGGAUCGUCGGGUGGCCAAGGUGCUGAUCCAUCCUAGCUAUAGCACCAGGAACUUUGACAGUGACAUUGCCCUGAUUCGCUUCACUGAACCAGUUCGUCUUGGGAUAGAUAUGCAUCCAGUUUGUUUGCCCAUUCCCAGCGAGAGUUAUGCGGGUCAAACGGCUGUGGUGACCGGUUGGGGAGCCUUGAGUGAAGGUGGACCCGUUUCAGAUACCCUCCAGGAGGUGGAAGUGCCCAUCCUCACCCAAGAGGAGUGUCGCCAGAGCAACUAUGGCGAAUCCAGGAUCACCGAGAAUAUGAUCUGUGCUGGCUACGUGGAGCAGGGCGGCAAGGAUUCCUGCCAAGGUGACAGUGGUGGACCCAUGCAUGUCCGGGGCUCCGCAGAGGCCUAUCAGCUGGCGGGUAUUGUUUCCUGGGGCGAAGGAUGUGCCAAACCAAAUGCCCCUGGGGUCUACACUCGGGUGAGCAACUUUAACAACUGGAUUGCGGAGAAUACCAAGGAUGCCUGCUCCUGUGCCCAGCCAGAAGCUGCAGGGGAACCGGUUUCACCCACAAACACCACCGAGCAGGGAGAACAGGAACAGGAGAACACCACUGCCGGUGGCCAAGCAGAACCAGAUCCCGAGGUAGUGGAGGCCAACAAGUUGGUUUAA